AUGCAGCCACCAGCAACACGGCUGCCCAGGGUUGGUGGAUCACCGACCAAGGCGUCCGGCAUUCCCAAGGGUAUCCCGAAGCCCGUCACCCGAUCAGCGUUAGGCGCCGCGUCAACAGUUGCAGGGGAGAAGCGUAAGGUGCCCGAAUCCCCCAAGCUCCCGGCGAAGCGCAGCACGUCCGGCCCCAAACUUGGCAAGUCGACCACUGGAAUCAAGAUGUCGACACGAGGCGCAGCGUCCUUUGCGCCCAAGAGGAAGGCCUCGGCUCCGACUUUGGGCAAGUCGACCACUUCGAGCAUCACCACUCGUCGGGGGCCCGUUAGUGAGGCUGCCGCUCGGCGACCUGCCAGCGCCGCCGCCACGCGGAGCACCGCGCGACCCACUACCACCACUGCCGCCGCAGCUACCCGACCAGUGCGACCAGCGACAUCCUUAGGUGGCCCUAGUCGAACGCCGAGCGCUCGGACAUCCGCCGCUAGCCGCAACGGCAACGUCACACCAGAGGAUGGCCGAUUGGACAACCUCGAGAAGAUGCUCCAGAUGAUUCACGAGGAGCAGACGAAGAUGGCGGCGUUAACGGCUACGAAGGAGGACCUGGCGAGUGUGGUUCUGAACGCCGAGGACAAGGAGCGCGAGAACCGGCGAGCGUUGUCCAACGGCUCGGAGGAGAUGGAGGCUCUCCGGGCGAGGCAUCUCCGCGAUAUGGAGGAGAUUGAGAGGCAGCUGCGCACAAAGGAGCGCGAGAACCGAGGUCUCUUGAGCGAGCUCAGCGAGAGCUCUGAGGAACUUGGCCGGCAGCGCGACAUCGUGCGCGAGCUACGACAACAACUGGCCGACCAGUCAACGCAGCACAUGACGCUCUCGGCGCAGCUGACGGCCUCGCAAGCGCAGAAUAACGCCCUGCAGAUUGAGGUCGAGCGCGCCACCCUCGCCGUGUCGGCGAUGAAGGCCGAGCUCGAAGCGGGCUAUCAGAAGGCGGCCAAUGCUGAAGAGCUCGCGGCCUUGCGCAUCAAGGAGGCGCAGGCUGAGUGCGACCGUCGUGUGGCCGAGAUCGAGGAGGAGCUGCGCACGGCAGAGACGAUCCGUCGCAAGCUUCACAACCAGGUGCAGGAGCUGAAGGGCAACAUCCGUGUGUUCGCGCGUGUGCGUCCCGUUCUCGGGCGAGAGCAGUACAACCCCGAGGGUGUUGCUCAGAUCACGUACGGCGACGAGCGCCUCGCCGCUGAAACGGGCCAGAGCCAGCUCGAGGUGCGGACCAAGUCUGAGUCCGCGACCGGCAAGGAGAGGGAGCAGGUGCUGUCGUUCCAGUUCGACAAGGUGUUCCAACCCAAGGACGGACAGCAGGCCGUGUUCGAGGAGAUCUCGAUGCUGGCCCAGAGCGUGCUGGACGGGUACAACGUGUGCAUCUUUGCGUACGGCCAGACGGGCAGUGGCAAGUCGUGGACGAUGGAGGGCGGCGACACCCCCGAGACUGCGGGUAUGAUCCCGCGCGCGAUUGAGAUGAUCUUCGCGGUGAGCGCGCAACUGCGCGACCGCGGGUGGAAGUACACGAUGGAGGGCACGUUCCUCGAGGUGUACAACGAUGUCAUCAAUGAUCUGCUCGGCAGCGGGCAGUUUGACACGAAGCGCCACGAGAUCAAGAUCGACAAGGACAACAACAUGACUGUCACGGACACUGUCUCGCUCCCGCUCAGCAACCCGCAGCAGGUCUCGACGCUGCUCGAGAAGGCGCGCUCCCGUCGCGCCGUCGCCGCGACGCUCAUGAACGAGCGCUCCUCUCGCUCCCACUCCGUCUUUGCACUCAAGGUGCGCGGCUACAACCCGCUGACCGACGAGAGUUCCCAGGGUAUCCUGAACCUGGUCGAUCUGGCCGGUUCCGAGCGCCUGGCGCAGUCCGGCGCAGGCGAAAACAAGGACCGUCUCAAGGAGACGAUCAACAUCAACAAGUCACUCUCGGCGCUCGCCGAUGUGAUCGGAGCUCUCGGACAGGGCCAGCAGGGCGGCCAUGUUCCCUACCGCAAUUCCACCCUCACGCGUCUGCUUCAGACUUCGCUCAGUGGAAGCAGCAAGACGCUCAUGCUGUGCAACCUCUCCCCGCUUGCGGCGCACCUCGGCGAGACGGUGUGCUCGCUCCGCUUUGCGACCAAGGUCAACACGACGCCGGCUGGAACGGCGAAACGCACCCUUACCAAGGGCUAA